CUUGGCACUCCGAACUUGCAAUCGAGCCAUGGUGUGGCUUGAUCGUCUGGAGAGACAGGUCCUUGCAGGCUUUGGAAUAUGUGUGGUUGCGAUGGCCGUCCUCCAUGAGGUCACACAAUUGAAAGAUGUGGCAGGGACCAUUCAGACGCAGAUUGUGGAGGACCACUACUCUAUGCUUGGCAUUGCUGCGGAAGCAACACAAGCGGAGAUCAUGACGGCGUUCAAGAGGGCGACCAAUAAAUUGACGUCAAAGCAGCAGGCAGAUGCGGCACAAGGUAGCCGAGCAAAACUCAAUGCUGCCUAUAAUGUCCUCUCCAACCCCGCAACAAGAAGAGCGUAUGAUGAGCGCAGGAGCGUUGUCAGGCUGGUAAGCAUGACCUUCAUAGGUUUUUCCGUUUGCUUGCCACUCCUGUUUGGCAUGAUGUGGGCGAAAUCAGUCUGUUUUCGAGCUGACCUGCUCGACCCUGACAGUUUCCUCGGACAGGUCGUCUUCAGCUUGCAGCACAGCGAAGCAGUUCUAGAAGUCGAAGUCCACAAGGACCACGAAACUCGGUCACUGGGAGCGCAACUUGCGGCCGUGCGAAAUGAGAGUAUGCUGCAGAUCUGCAGCCUGAGCAAUGACGGGGCAAUUCACAGCCACAAUCAGAAGGUGCUUGACGAUGACUCUGGUAGAAGCAGUGUCGCUUCUCCAGAAAUGUGCUGGUGGCAUCUGCCGGUGCUGCGCGAAAGCGACAUUCUUGAGUCAGUCAACGGCCAAUCGGGUGCUGCGAUGAUGGGCGCCCUGCGGUCGCUGGAGCUGAAGCUUCAGCUUCGAAGGCCUUUAGUCGGUGGUGCCUCAGUGCUACCCUGGCUGGGCGAGAUACGGCUCUCUCGGAGCUCCGGCAGCGAGAGGUGGGGCCUCAAUCUUACCAACGCCAAAGACAGCAGCGACAGCUUGCAGGUUAGAGACAUCCCGAGCGUCGGCGUGGCUGCCAGAUGGAAUGAGGAGAACCCCGAUCACGCGUUUCAGCCGGGCGACCGGGUCGUGGCAGCUGACCAAUGUGUUGGCGCUGACGCGAUGCUGCAGUUGUGUGCAGACGAGACCCGAACCUCCGUUUGCUUUCUAAUCGCCAGAGGCGUGUUGCUGCCCCCCGGAGCUAUCCAGUCUUCUCCUCCACAGGUGCUGUGUCGACUCUCGAAGAGAGAGGGUGAGAAGCUGGGGAUUCGCGUUGGGCGCUGUCUGGAGUCACCUGGGAAAGGAAUUCUGCUGGAGCCAGACUGCAUGUCAAGGACCAUCGUCAAGGAGGUGGUGCAAGACCAUUUGGUAGACCGAUGGAAUCGGCAGACAGAGACCCCUCUGCUUCCCGGUUGCGUUGUGAUGGCAGUCAACGGCGAAUGGAGACCUGAGCAGUUUGCGCGCGAACUGUCGAAGCGGAGCGUCAAGAUUCUGUUUCGCCCUCCCACCAGGAGACUGGCUCCGGCCGAGGUGACAGCAGCGCCGCGAAGUGAUGCCGGGCGGCCUCGGCGGAUCCCCGUGAGAAUUGAUCAGGAGGAGCUUCGGCCCUGGGCUGUGCGCAAUUUCGGCGCCUUGGUGCCGGCGUUCCUCUCGCCAAAGCCCUUUGAGGAGCAGCUCAGAAACAGUCUGCGAAAGCUGCGCUGCGAGUUCAUAGUGAAAGUCAGCACCGAGUCUGGGCGCCUGGGCCUGCAAUUCAAACACAGCAAUGAGCUGCUGGUGCUACAGGUUGCUGAAGACGGGGUCAUCGCGCAGUACAACUGCAGUCCGGAAUGCGAGCGAGUUGAGAGUGGCGAUUGGCUGGUGGCGGUCAACGGCGAGACACAUCCGCGGCGGAUGAUAGAGAAGCUCACUGGCACUGAACUGGAGCUUCGCUUUGCUCGCCCAGCCGCGAGGGCAGCUCCAGGAGUUUGGGAGGUCGAGGUUGGCAGAGACCAGGCUGAAGGUUGGGGCCUGGAACUCAAGGAAGAGACGGUCACAACGGUCUCGGGGCCAAGAAGCGCCGGAGUGCUGAGGAUCCAACGAGUGGUUGCUGGGGCGAUCCACCGGUGGAAUGAGAGUGAAGGCCCCCAGUGGAGUCUGCAAGCCGGUGACCUCCUGUUGGCUUGCGAGCCAGAGAUCUCGCCCAAGCGGAUGCUUCAGCGGUUGCGCGACAGCCAGAAAGUCCGGCUUAGUGUCCUGCGCUGGCACGCUGGGCCAGCCCCGGAGCCCGAGGCGUCGCCGGUGGAGCCCCAGAGGACCCAUUUCGAGGUGACCCUACGGAGAGCCUUGGCUUCAGAACGCCUCGGCCUGCGCCUGGUUCCGUCUGCGCGGGAUCCCACCCGGACGGUCGUCUCCGAGGUGGUGCCUGGCAGCUUAGCAGAUCGACACAACCAGGCGGCGAUUGGCUCAGAACGAAUUGUUCCAGGAGACGAGGUGGACUCUGUGAACGGAGACGGUGAUCCAUCUCGCUUUGCAGAAAUAUGCAAACAGCAAAUGAUUACAUUCAGAUUCACGCGGCGUUCGCGACAACUACCAAGUCAAGGCAGAGGCGUGCCAGAGCCAGCCGAGAAGACCCAAGCCAAAGGUGCUCGGGCUGUGGCUGCGGUCGAGGCUGAUGGCCAAGGGGCCCAAGGGGCCCAAGGGGCCCAAGGGGCCCAAGAACCGAGCAGCGCCGAAGAGGCCGAGGCAGAGCCAGAGCCGGGCGGAGCCCGACCAGUGCCGAGAAGCUCGGAGCCUGCGACGAGCCCGAGCUCGGAGACGUUCAGCAAGUCAAGGAUAGUGGAAGAUGGUGCGAAGAGUGCACAAAGCCGGAUAAACCCGAAGCCAGAGCUGGCCACUCCAUCGGCAGAGGACGCGUGCCGUGAGGCACGUGGGGCUUUGCUUUGCGAAGAUCGCGGAGCAGUGUUCCAGGCCGUCACAAGGAGUUGAUCCCUUUUGCGUGUGCUGUGGCUACCCGUCAGGAACACUUUUCCUUUGCUUUUUCCAUUGCUUGAAAAGGUGCCGCCACGCGGUUCACCACCAGAGGCGUCCAAAUCUGGCUUGCAGGGGCUGUCGCUCAUCACUCUGCCGCCGGCCGCCAUUGCCACGCUGACCGCGGGAUUGGAUGCCCCGUCCCGGGAGCGCUUUGAGCAGGGCAUCCACAAGCUGCAGGAGCUUGCAGCAACUCUUCACAUCGGUGCGAAUAUCUCGUGAGACUGGCAAAGCAACCAGAUCACCACGAAAGUGACGAAUGAGGGGCGCUUUUCCAAAGACCUGUCUCUCUCUCUCGCUGACUUGGUUGAACAGGA